AUGGCUGGGACAAGAAACUAUGACUUUCUCAUCAAGCUUCUGCUCAUUGGAGACUCCGGCGUGGGAAAGUCGUGCUGUUUGCUGCGCUUCAGCGAAGACUCGUUUACGCCCUCGUUCAUCACCACGAUCGGCAUCGACUUCAAGAUAAGGACGAUCGAGCUCGACGGCAAGCGCGUCAAGCUGCAGAUAUGGGACACCGCUGGCCAGGAGCGCUUCAGGACCAUCACCACAGCAUACUACCGCGGUGCCAUGGGUAUCCUGUUGGUCUACGACGUCACGGACGAGAGGAGUUUUAACAACAUCCGCACCUGGUUUUCCAACGUCGAGCAGCACGCGACUGAAGGCGUCAACAAGAUCCUCAUCGGCAACAAGUGCGAUUGGGAAGAGAAGCGCGCCGUCAGCACAGAGCGCGGCCAGGCACUCGCCGACGAGCUCGGCAUCCCCUUCCUCGAAGUCUCGGCAAAGAGCAACAUCAACGUCGACCAAGCAUUCUACUCGCUCGCUUCUGACAUCAAGAAGAGGCUUAUCGAUAGCGCGCGAUCCGACCAGGCAGCCGGCCCAUCGGUGAAUGUUGGCGAUGCUGGUGGCGCCAACGCUGGCAUGGGCGGAAAGUGCUGUUAA